ACGCGUUAUCCCCCAUUCCCCCCUUCUCAAACUCCUUCCUUCAGCAAACCCUAGCCUCCACCAAUAGCUGUCGCCGUCUGUUGGAUGAGAGACUGCUGCCGCCGUCCAUCGCACUCAAGAACUUCCGUCUUCGUGCUCUCGGGCCUCUCGCCGGAUCCUCCACGUCGGGUGCUCGCAUCUCGCCGUUCUCCUCUGUGAUCGGCUGCUCGCGCCUCCCUCCGCCAGUGAGUGCUCGAGCUGUGCGUGUUGGUUGCUUCUCGUCGUCCGUGGUUGUCUCUGCUCAAUUCUGCCUCCCAGUCUCACUCGAGUCUCGUCUCAGUCACUGGCAUCUCGUGGUUCGUCUGUCUCGUCGCCGGCGGCAGAAGCAACUCGUGGGAUUGUCUUUGCUUCGUCGCCUUCCGUGGGGUGGUCGCCGACUCGCCGUCGACCGUUGGCGAGUCCCUGCACCAUCGCUUCCCUGUUCUCUGUUUUCAGAUUUCCCUUCUCCCUGUAUUUUUGCAUGUUGCUGAAUUGCUAAUCAAAUUUGCCUUGUUGCUAAUCUAAAUGUUGCUGUAAAUCGGGACUUUACUUGGAUUUGUUAAAUUUGUUGCUGUAACUUGAAUUUGUUGCUGAAUUUGUUGCUUGCCAGUCACAGAAUCAGAAUAGAAUACUCAGUCAGUGCUUGGUUGAUUGGUUUUGCUCACUGAUUGUAUUUGAUGAUAAAUUUUAAAUUGAUAACUUUUAAAUUUUAAAUUUGCACUGCGUGUUACUGAUUCACUGUUCCUUCAGUCCUUUUUGUUGUUGUUAAUCAUUGUGAUGAGCUUUAUUAAACUUGGGUUGAAAACUGUUGAAUCUUUUUUCAUUUUUCAUUGUUCUUAACUUCUGUUCUUAUUAAAAAAUUUGCAAUUGGUGAUCUUUUGAUUUAUUAUAUGCUUCAUGUUUUUAAUUUCACUCUGCUUCUAGGCUUUGAAAUCAGUUUAUGAUAACUGUGAUGCAAUUAUUUAGUUGGAUAACUGAUGUAAUUAUUGAGUUCAAGAGAUUGAGUUUUUGAUUUGCAAGGUGAUUUUUGGUUAUUUUUUAUUUAAUUUGGUAAUGGUGUUUAUGAUUGGGGUUAUCUGGUUUUCAUUCUUUUUGAAUUUGGUAAUAGUGUGAUUACUUGUUGCUGUUUGUAAUAUUUGUUGCUGAAUGAUGAUUGUUCUUUCUUGCCUGUUUAGUAAUGUUUAUUGAAAUUUUGUACUUUUUCAAUGCAUAUUUUUAUGUGUUAUUAGUCAAAGUCAUGUCAAGGCCAUGCAAAUUUAUUCAAUUCCUCCUACUUCAAACUGCUUAUGCUGCUUCUCACUAUUUCUGGUGUGUAACUUGUAUACUUCUGCAUGAUUCUCUUUUGAUUCCACACAAAGUUGAUGAAAAAAACUGAUUUUGUUAUCUGGGGUAAUCUUAUUCUGUUUCUGUCUAUGUUUUCUUGCUAAUGGAACAUUCCAGUCUAGUUGUUUAGUGAUCAGAAUGUUAUUCCUUCUUAGCUUCAUGGAAUGAAAGAGAAACUACAUUGCAUCCUCAGAGGAAUCAAAAACCAUAAAUUAAUUUAUAUAUUAUUCAUUUUAGUUUUAUGAUUCUAUCAAUUUGGUUGUGUACUUAUUCUUCUUAUUCAGCAUAGGAAUUUAAGCAUUUUAUUUUUCUGAUAUUUCAAAACUGUGUUUUUCUCAAGAGACAUUUAUAGUUUUAUACAGACAAGUGGUUCUGAUUUUGGAAUCAACUAUGGACAAAUAGCCAACAAUCUUCCCUCUCCAUCACGCGUUGCUGUUCUAAAACGGUUUUUCCGGUUGAACCACCGGUUGGACUGGUUGGACUAGUAAACCAGUGAACCAGUAAUUAAAAUGGUUUGAUGACCGGUCCGGUUUUCAGAACCUUGGUGAACUUUGAUUCAAGUCAUUCAACUGUGAACUGAUAUGGUGAUAUAGUGAUUGAAUAAUUGUUUUUUUGUGAACUGUGAAGUAUGAAUUGAUAUAGUGAUAUAGUGAUUGAAUAAUUGAUUGAAUAAUUGUUUGCCUGUUUCAACUGAACUAUGUUACUGAUUCAGAACUGUGAACUUUGUAUUGUUAUUGGAUUGGAUUGUAUUGUUAUUGGAUUGCUGGUAAUGUUUAGGUAUGUAUUGUUAUUGUAUUGUUAUUGGAUUGCUGGUAAUGUGUAGGUAUGAAUGAAUAAUUAUUGUUAGUUAAUUAUUGCUGUUUAUUUUGUUAUCCUUCACAUGGCUUGGCCUUAGCUAAUUUUUCAUUUUUUUUGGUGUGUGCUAUAUAUUACUUAUUUUGCUACAGUAUUCCUUCUGUUUUGGUGUUCCCGCCCUUCCCUGCUUGAGAUGGCUCCUUGAACUCCUGUUCCUUACCUUAUUACAUACCUUUAUAUUUUAGUAGAUGUUGGCUUUUUGGUAUUAUUUUAGUAGAUGUUGGCCUUUGGUGUUUUUAUACUUUUCUAUAUUUAUUUAAUAAUGACUGGGUUACCUAGUAACUAUGUUAACAACAACAGGGGAACACGUUUAGAGUUCAAGUCUCUAUAAAACUUGAGGGAAUGGAAGCAGAAGAGCUUUGCAUUGCUGAACUUUUUGGCCUCAAAGGAAAGAAGAACACUAAGAAGAACAUGAAAACAAAACCAAAGAAGGAUGGAAAUGUUCCAGAAGAUUCUGCACCGGCAAACAAUGGUGCUGAUGCUGGUGCUACUGCUACAACUGUAGGCAUUGACAAUGGCAGUGGUAAUGAUGUUGGCGCUAGUAAUAAUGCUACUACUAGUAGCGGGAUUAGGGUUUCUUCGUUUGACUAUUCUGCUGAGAAUUUCUUCAGAUACAUUGAUGACAUUGCAGCACUAUGCGGGGAAGAUCAGAAUACUGAUUUUCAUCACAGUGAGGUUCAGAGAUUCUCUUCCUCCCUCACAUUUUUAAGAGAAUGGAGAGAUUUUAGGUAUCCACCAAAAAGCAUUAGAUUUGGUUACAUAACUGAGAGAUGUCAGAGCUCUGAGGAAAAAGAUGCUGGAGCCAUAACUUUGCCUCAGUUCUCAUCAGCCACUGUUCCCCAGUGUGAUGUGCAAAGCAAAGAGCAUCCCGUGGAUACCAAAUUGCAGGAAUCCAGAUGCAGAGACUUUGUGAUGUGUGUUGGAGGCCCUGUAUGGGCAUUAGAUUGGUGUCCUUGGAUAGAUGAAAGGCCUGAUUGUUCAGCUAAAUGUGAGUUUGUUGCUGUUGCUACUCAUCCACCUGGUUCUUCUUACCACAAGAUGGGUUCCCCACUGACUGGUAGAGGUGUUAUACAAAUAUGGUGUCUUUUAAAUAUCCGUGAGCAGGAUGAAGAAAAAUGUUAUUUAACAAAUAAAGGGAAAAAAAGACCUAAAAAAGACAAGUCAACAAAGGUGACGAGGCCUAGAGGAAGACCUAGAAAGAAUCCCAAAGGAAAAGUAAUUGAUAACACAAAUAGUGAAACCCCCCAGUACAUACCAGCCCUAGAUGUUCAGUUUCCAGAAAGUUCUUCUGAGCUUCCUGCUUCGGAUGGGGUUUGUUGGAACAAUGAAGAAAUAUUACCUAUCAUUGACAUGAGUAGAAGAGGACAUAAAAUAAUUGAGGCCUCAAGUGAAAAAUCAGCACAAAUAAAGAGGCCUAGAGGAAGGCCUAAAAAGAGUUCAAAAGAAGCUACUGUAUGUUCUUCAAAUUAUGAGAAUCAAGCUGUGCAAGCUCUUGCAGUUCAGGUUCCAGAAGAUUCAGCUGAAAUAAAAUUUUCAGGCGCAGCUGAUGGAAAUUGCAAUGAAUCAGCCUUGCAACAAUGUUCAGUUGCAAAGCAGAAACAAAGCAAGAAAGCUGCUUCUGCAUGCAAUACUAUCUUGGAAACUCAUGUUAAAAGUAGUAGGUUGAAAGCUAACCAUAGGGAUGUGGGAUGCAACGAAGAUGCGGCACUAUUGACACAGGUUGAGAAUGACUCAAGUCAACCUCAUGGCAGCUCUGCAAUGGGUAAUGUAGUCGCCCCUAAUUCUAUUUCAGGGAAUGUGACUAUGCCAAAACUUGUGUCUUGCCUAGCUCAUAAUGGAAAGGUGGCAUGGGAUGUGAAAUGGCAACCGCGCAACAUGUAUGACCCAGUAAGCAAACACCGAAUGGGCUAUCUUGCUGUCUUGUUGGGCAACGGAUCUCUAGAAGUGUGGGAGGUUCCUCUUCCUCGUGUGUUGAGGGAGAUUUAUAAGCAUAGGGAGGGCACUGAUCCUCGUUUUAUAAAAUUGGCACCUGUAUUUAAAUGCUCAAUGUUGAAGCGUGGUGGAAAACAAAGCAUUCCGUUGACAGUGGAGUGGUCUGUCAUGCCCCCUCAUGACUAUUUACUUGUGGGCUGCCAUGAUGGAAUGGUUGCUUUGUGGAAAUUCUCUAUAAAGACUUCAUCUAAAUGUGAUGAUACAAAGCCUGUGCUUUGUUUCAGGGGAGAUGCAGCUCCUAUUAGAGCCGUCGCCUGGACACCGUUUGAAGGUAAUCCAUUUCGUCCUUUGAGGAGUAUGCAACCUGUGCCAAGAAACAUAUAUAGUCUGGAUUGGUUGCCAAAGCCAAGUUGCAUCAUUAUGUCCUUUGAAGAUGGGACAAUGAAAACCAUUAGCUUGGUGAAGGUUGCAAAUGAAUUCCCUGUAAAUGGAAAAACAUACAAUGGGAAAAGACAACCCUGGUUGCACACUUAUUCACUCUCAUCUUCUGCCAUAUGGAAUGUUCAAGUGUCACGUAACACAGGCAUGGUUGCAUACUGUGGUGCAGAUGGUACUGUCUUCCGUUUUCAGCUUACGACUAAAGCAGUAGAAAUAGGUGAUUCACACCAUAGUGUUCCAUUCUUCCUCUGUGGGUCAGUAACUGAGGAGGACUCAACUCUUGUGAUCAAUAGUUCAGUUUCAACUGGUCCCUUUCCAUUAAAGAGGUCCAUUGAAAGGGUUCGGCAUGCUCAAUCUUUUCGAGACUUGCUGAGAAAAAGUGCAACCGCGCUCUGUGGUGAUGACGAUUUGGGUAUGGCAUCGGAAUCUGAGGAAGCAUUGUCUUCGGUGAAGCAGCCUAAAAGACAAAAACUGACUGGUAGUGACAAGAAAAAACCAGCAAAAAGUAAUUCUCUUGUUAGCAAAGAUGAUGCGUCGGCAAGUAAUCUCGGGGAUGAUACUGAGAAGGCAGAUUUUGGUAAUAUACCAGAAGUAUUUCCUUCCAAAAUGGUAGCUUUGCAUAGGGUGAGAUGGAACAUGAACAAGGGUAGUGAGAGAUGGUUGUGCUUUGGUGGAGCCGGUGGAAUUGUACGUUGUCAGGAGUUUGUUUACACUGAUAUUGAUCGGAGAUGGGCCCUGAAGAGGUGACAGCAUGCUUCACUUAAAAUUUGAUUACUUAAAUGUGAAUAGUUGUAAAUUUAGAAUACAUUACCAGUAGAGAAAAUUAGGGAAUAAAAUAUAGUAGGGUAGCCAUGCGGGAUAAAGAAUUUGCCCUGCUUAGUAGAUUAUGAUUUAUGACCAGAUUGAACUAAGUAUCCAAUCUAAUCGAGAAACCACUUGAAAUUGGAUCGGUAAAAAUAUCUGAUCCAUUUCAAACCGCAUCGCAAAUAAAAUUAGUGUUAAUGAGUUUUUGAUCCAAA